AUGGAAGGCCAACCUCUUAGUAAGAAGGUCUAUCUACGACGUACCUUCUUCACCUAUAUAGACGCCGAAGGCCGUAACUCUCAAGCUGCAAGCCUCUCUCGAAGGCCAGCAAACACAGUACAUCCACAGCAGGUUACAUCUUCUGCUGCCACUGUGCAGGUCUACCCUCAAGGAGUGCCCCAGGCCCCUCUCAUGCAAGGUCAACAACACCCUUCUAACAACGACAUCACCAACGUGGCGUAUUGGUGUGAUCUAUCCCACAACUAUGAUAAGGAGAAGGCGCUUGAUACAACGAAGGCCAUCAAUGCUGUUUCCCAUAUCAAGUGCCCCGACAACAAACAGUACAAGGGAAACUCUGAUAACAGGAGUAUCAACUACUUCCUGAGUCUUAUCCGCUGCGAAGCAAAACAAACAGCGCUGGGCCCUCGAUUAUCGUACAUCUACCUAUCCAAUUGUCUUAGCCAGUCGGUCAAGAGGAACUUACAGAUCCACUUGGAAACUACUAUGGACCCCACUCUCUACUUGAACGACUAUGUUCUGACACUAUCACAAGCACUUGGCUACCUUCAACAUAAGUACUCUCUGUCGAAUUCACAUGCGGAAGUCAUGAGAUACUUCUCUGACGUCAAGAUGGACAAUGGUGACAUCAACAUUUACGAUUACCUCGACCGUAUCGAAUCUGCUGUUGCUAUGUGUGCGAGUGUUGGCCUCCAUCUACAACCCAGUCAAGUCAACCUACACUAUCGUGAAGGCCUCCAUCCCACUCUGAGGAAGACUGCAGACGAGAACUACGCGGCCAUCGAUGAUGUCCAACAGCUUACGCAAGCCCUACGUAGCCAUAUCCGCUGCAAUCCUAAGCUCUACAUCAGCAUUGCUGAUUCAGCAAUACUAAUUCAAACAAGGCACCUCCGGUAUCAACUGCUACCCCAACUAAGGCUCCUAAUCCCAAGCUGCCUAGGCUUGAAGACCCCGAGACUCUCAAACUCUGUCGAGAGCAAGGGAUAUGCUUGGCCUGGACAGCUCGCAGGCAGUGCCGCUAUGCUGAUGAUUGCAAGUACAAGCAUAGUGACGUAG